CAACAAAUACGAUUCAAAAUGUGACAGCUUUUGCUAAAUUGCAUAAAAUUAAAAUACUUAACAAUGCCAUUUAAAUAACCAGUUUUAUAAUUAACAAUAUGCCAUUACAUUUACACACGUACUCAAAACUAUUGAAUAUGAGCGACAUGACAACUUAAAGUGAAAGUUGUGUUAAAGAUGUUCAACAUCUCGCAGCAAAUAUUAUCUCUUUUAAUUCCGGUUUUAAUUUAUUCUUGUUUUAUAACGACGAUUCUAACAUCGACUUUGCCUUUGAAGUCAUCCAAUGACAGAAAAUUGGAUUAUGAUAAAGCUGCAGUAAAUAUUGGUCCUGAUAGAACUUUUCAACAAGUGAAAGGUGAAAUCUCCAUAUGGACUGGGAAAAUAAAACCGAAUUCGAAAAAUGAUCCUACAAAACUGUUGAAAGACAUAUUUAAUUUGGCUGAUCUUAACAAAGAUGCAUUGUUGAGUAUACAAGAACUGGCACGAUAUAUUAAUGAUAGAGUUAAAGAGCAUAUCGAACAAGCUAUUGCAGGCAAUUCAGCAAUGUUCAUAGAAGUAGAUAAACAACCGCCUGACGGUUUAAUUACUUGGGAGGAGUAUCAUGCAUAUUUCCUCAAAAACCAUGGUUUAUCAGAUGGUUAUGUUAAUGAACAUGAUGAACGAAAGCAUAAAGGAUUAGACAGAGAAUUAAAAGGUAGAAUGUUGCAUGCAAAAUGUUUGGUUGUUAUUUAA